UUACUUUCUUCGUUCAUUGUUAUCUUAUUUUAUUUUAUUUUUGAAGGGAGACUUAUUCUAGAAAUUAUGGAAUCAUGGAAUGCACAAAUGAUGUUGGACAAGUACAUCUAUAAUUACUUGGUUACAAAGGGGUUGCAUAAGACUGCUGAGGUAUUUUCCAUUGAAGCAAAUGUUGUAAAUCCCACAAAUGUUGAGGGAUAUUUAAUGGAAUGGUGGGAUGGGUUUUAUGAUAUAUACAAUACUUAUCAGGAUGAAAAGGCCCAACUAUCCUAUGUUAAGGUGUUACCUAAACUUUUUCAAGUUAAAUUCAUCUUCUCGAUGAUUAUUUAAUCUAAAGACAUGAUUUUUUUAAAUUCUCAGGAUGCAUGGACUGCUGACAAUGUGGG